UGCCAAGUACGCUUACCUGUACCUCCCACCCACACUUCUCGCAUCAUCACCUUUCCAUUCUCUACACAAUUAAUUAAUUCAAUUCCUUUUUCACUUCACAUAUAUAUAAACUCACACUCUCUCUUCUUCUCUUCUAUUCUAUUAUCAUUCCUUUUCACUCUUCACUUCUCAACCACCUCUCUCUCUUUCUCUCUCUAGUCUCUUCAUUUUCAUUUUCUCUCUCUAGAUUCUCAUCAUCAUGAAGCAGUUGAUUCGUCGACUAUCCCGAGUCGCUGACUCCUCAACCUACACUCUUCUCCGAACAGACUCAUCAACAGCUCGUCGCCGGCGACCUUCCCGCCGAGUCGAAUCGUUCCGGAUCCGGAGAUCUUCAACCGUUGUUCCGGAAGGACAUGUCCCGAUCUAUGUAGGAGACGAGAUGGAGAGAUUCGUCGUGUGUGCGGAGCUUCUGAACCAUCCGAUUUUCAUCAAACUUCUGAACGAAUCCGCACAGGAAUACGGUUACGAACAGAAAGGAGUUCUUCGAUUACCGUGUCAUGUUUUUGUGUUCGAGCGCGUGCUCGACGCGCUCCAACACGGACACGACACACGCUAUAUCACAGAGCUUCUCAAUUCAGAAGUAGAAGAAGAAGAAAGAUUCUGCUGUUGAGUAAAAAAUAUGAGGAAAAUUAGGUAAAUUAGUGAGUUUUUUUGUUACCGUCUCUUGCUCCGGUCUUAAUUGUAAGAGAAAAUUUACUUUUUAGAUUCGUUGAAGUUGAAUAAUUAAUGUAUCUUCUCUAUUAUCAGAUUAGAUAUAUUAACUGCUGAAUGAAUUUGAAAAAGUAAAUUAUCUCUUAUAAAUAAGAUCACGAUAAGAGGAAGUAUUAUGUAAAUAUGAAUCAGGAUCUUGUGAGGAACAAAAGAAAAACAGAAAAGGAGAAGAGAAAUGUUGUUGUUAGGGUUUGUUAUGUGUCUGUGUUUUUUUGUUUGUUGGUUGUUGUUGUUGAUGAAGAGUGUAAAGGAGAAGAUAUUAUUAUUACUCUCUAAUGUUUGCAACCAAGGAAUGAGAAUCAUGAAUCUUACGUCU